AAUAUCAAUUUCUCAACUACGGAAGAACAGUUGAAAGAUUACUUUGGUAAAUGCGGUCCUCUCCAUUAUGUUACAAUAGCAACUAAAAAGGAUCCGGAAAAUGCUGCUAAAAAAUUGUCUAUGGGAUAUGGAUUUAUCAGAUACAAGAGGAAACUCGACGCAGAUCGUGCGUUAAAAACGUUGCAAAUGUCAGUACUCGAUGGGAAGAGCUUGGAAUUGAAACGAUCUGAGAGAACACUAAUGUCCGACGUCAAAACAGCGAGGAAAAAGUCCAAGAUCACCGAACAAACUGGCACUAAAAUUUUAGUACGAAACAUACCCUUCCAAGCAACUGUCCAGGAAGUGACGGAAUUAUUCAAAUCAUACGGUGAGUUGAAGGCCGUACGAAUGCCGAAGAAACUGGUCGGUACUGAGAAGCACAGAGGAUUCGGCUUCAUCGAGUAUUAUACUACGACAGAUGCAAAGAAAGCAUUUAAAGCACUGUGUCAAAGCACUCACUUGUACGGUCGAAGAUUAGUUCUUGAAUGGGCUCAGAUGGAGGAAGGUGUUGAGGAAAUUAGAAAACGCACUGCGAAACGUUUCUACCAAGAGAGUUCCACGAAAAGAUUUAAGAAAUCCACGUUAGAUCCCGAAAGUGUUGGUCUCGAAUUAAAUUCAGCUCAAGAAGUAUAAUUUAUAAAUUAUUUGCAAAUUAUAUGUAAAUAUGUAUUAUUUAAAUAAUAAUUCACAAAUUACUUAAUACGCAAUUCUAAAACGUUCAUUAAAUCAUAAGAGGAUUAAUCAACAUUCUUAAUAAUUCUUUAGUUAAUUUCUUUUUUAUAAAUACUAGUAUUAGCAAUAUUAUCAAAUGAUUAUUGGAAUCAAUAUCUGGUAAUCCGUACACGAUCCGUAUCAAUUUUCAUUUCUCUUCACGUUGGCCAGAUAUUCAGGUUAGUCAGUUGGAAGUCGAAAGUAUUUUCAUUGCGCGACAUUACUCUUCGCGUCACGUUUAAAUGUGACUCUUUCUUUUCUUACUUUUCCAAUGGAAUGACUUCCAAUGAUUGAUAUAAUACGAUGUAUUUAGGUUACUUGACUGCGUUAGAUCAUGAGAUCAUUUCCUGUUAACUGAAUAAUCAAUUUCGU